AUGCUAAAAAAUCUAACACCAAGACAACCUAUUCAUAGUGUAGAAAUCGAUCCUGAUGAUCAUAGUCAAACUUAUUUUGCUUUAUGCUAUGUGUCACCAUUAUCACAAACAAAUAAUAUUGUACCUAAUAGUCAAAAUUCAAUGUCGAUUUGUAUACUUUGGUAUGCAAGUUUAAAUCGAGCUAAUCUUGAAAAUCGUAAUCAUGAAAUUACUACACUUUCAACUACCAUUCCAAAUGCAACACAUUAUUUUUUAUUUAGUGAUUGUCUUUCGGCUAUUGGUAAUGAUGAACCAACCCUAUUGAAUAAUUUGACACCAAAACCAACAUGGAUAUUUAAUGCUAAUUCUGUACAUAAACAAAGUAAUUUUCCAUUGAUUAAUUAUUUAACGAAUCUUAGUGGUGGCGGCUAUAUUUCACGUGAGAAAAUCAUGACUCUAGAUAAUACUAGCGAUAUUGUUCAGUGGAUUGAUAGACCACAAACAAGAUAUUUGAAUAUGAAUAUUAUCAAUGAUGUUAAUGUUUAUGAUAUUUAUCCCAGUCAUUCAAUUACAUUAACACCAAUUACAGAACGAUUUAUACUUGUUGGCAAAAUGUCAUCAUCGACCUCAGCUAAUAUUGCUGUUAAUUUUAUUAUUUCAA